AUGAUUUCCACUUUUCCUUCCAAAGCAAACCAUCAAUUGGAUAAUCCAAUAGAUUCAGAAAGAAAAAGACACAAGAGUAAUAUGUAUCAUCAUCAACCAUCAAAAUCACAGCAACAACAACAACGUCAUCCACAUUUUGAUGAAUCAACUACUAAUCAAAAAGACCAUCCAAUGCAUGAACAACAACAACAAAAUAAUUUUAAUUCAAACACUACAUCACAUAAUCCUACACAUGGUACUUUUACACCAAUUACUCAAACUCAUUCUCAUGAAUUUCUUCUGAAUCAUGAAAGUAAAUUUGAUAUUGAAAUGAUUACUGAAGAUAGAUUCAUUGAAAAAUCAAACCAGAUGGAACAUAAUCAAUAUCAAGGUGAAGAAAUGAUUGAAUGUCCAUGUGGUCAUAUGCAUGGUCCAGGUCAAGGAUAUGAUCAUGAUAUUCAUGCUGUUGGUUUAGCUGACGUUCCAUUAUUAAGAGGUCCAGAUUAA